AUGUUUCAAUCCUCCAAACCGUACUCGGCAGUGACCGUACAGAUUGAGGUCCUUACGAGCGAGCAAUAUGAAGUCGAAGACUCCAGCGGUAUUGUCGAUUUAGUGGAAGUAGUUCGCAUCCAGGCCAGCGGCCCGAUGGAAGCAAGUCGGGCUCUUCGCAAGAAACUAAAAUAUGGCAAUAUCCAUCGACAACUGCGCGCGCUUACUAUUCUCGACUUCCUCGUCCAAAAUGCAGGAGAACGCUUCUUGCGUGAUUUCGCCGAUGAGGCAUUGCUCGAACGUCUGCGGAUCGCAGCUACUGAUUCCGUUUCGGAUCCACUCGUGAAGCAGAAAUGUAAACAGAUUUUUGGACAAUGGGCGACAACUUAUAAGGACACCCCUGGCAUGGCAAGGGUCACGGCGCUAUACAAGCAAGUUCCCAAAAAGCAGCCUGCCACACAGGCGAAAGCCAAGGUUCUCCGCGAGGGGUCGAGUUCGAAUUCAAACGAGCCCCCGAUGGGUCAUGUUGUAUCCGUGUCAGCGGGCAGUGGGCCAUCCACUGUGCUGACCAGUCCCAAAGAGAAAUCCAAGUCCAGGAAAGUCAAGAAAGAUAAGAAAUUAUCAAUUAGCCACAGGAGAUUUGAUAUGGAAAAGGAGCGCCCGGAGAUCUUGCAAACCCUUGCUGCCUCUUCCGUCGCUAGCACCAACCUGUUGAAUGCCCUUAAACACGUCAAUCGCGAGACCCACCGAGUGGGUGAGGAUGCGGAGUGCAUUAACCGAUUCGAUACUUGCAAGCAGCUUCGUCAUAGCAUCCUUCGAUAUAUCCAGUAUAUAGAAACCGAAGAGUUCCUAGGCGGCCUGAUCCAUGCAAAUGAGGAGCUGGUGGAUGCAUUGAUGGCAUUCGAGGUGCUCGACAAGAGCGUGGAUUAUGACAGUGAUAGUGAGGAUGACAUUUUGGAAGGCAAUUGGAAGCAAAGACAUGGACUUGGUCUGCAAGACACGGACAUGAAUGACGGCCUUGCCGGGCUUAAUAUCAACCCCCGAAAGCCACCUCGGCCGAAUCGCCCUGAUAGCCUGCCUCUUGCAUAUUCGUCAAAACACACACGUCCAAUCUUUGAGAGCGAGAGUGAGCCAGAAGAAGAAGACGAUGAAGACAAUCCCUUUGGGGACAGGAAUGCUAUUAAGACCCCGGGCAUCGAGAAAGCUGGACUCACUUGGAAAGAGGUCUGA